GAUAUCGCCCAUGGCAAGACACCCAAGGCUGCAGGCAGACUGGUUCCCCUCCUUGGCGGACGCUUGGCAGACUCUAUCGCGCGCUCCGCUGGUCCAGACGCUGUUGGAGAUCGUCCGGCGAGUCACCGUCGGCGCUUGGAGGCUAUUUCCACCCUGGGACUUCCUGUGACACAGAACAAGAAGGUAGGCAUGAGAGUUCGAAACUCGUGGAAUUCCCCUCCGUCUCGGUUUGCGACGAACACGUACAACCCCAUCCGUGGCUUCGUCGAAGACGCCGGCCUCACUCCGAACCCAGAGAAGACGCUGAUCUCGUUAUCGAUAGGUGACCCUACUGUUUUCGGCAACCUGGUACCCUGCGAAGAAAUCCUGUCGCCCAUCGAAGAGAGCGUCAGGAGCCUGAAGCAUCAUGGCUAUAUUCCCAGCACAGGGACGCAAGACGCCAAACAGGCCGUUGCGGAAUACUCGUCCACUCAUGGACUUAACAUUCCUCCCGAAGAUGUCAUCUUGACCUGCGGCUGUUCGCACGCUUUGGAAAUGUGCGUCACGGUUCUCGCUAACAGCGGCCAGAACAUCCUGAUGCCAAGGCCCGGCUUCUCCGUGUACAAGACGCACGCCGAGUCUUUAGGCAUUAAAGCCAAAUUUUACGACCUCCUGCCUGAAAGGAGCUGGGAAGUGGACUUAGCGCAUCUCGAGUCCCAGAUCGAUUCCCAGACGAUGGCCAUAAUCGUCAACAACCCAAGCAAUCCGUGCGGGUCUGUGUACUCGAAAGAGCACCUGAAAGACAUAUUGGCAAUAGCUGCCAGAAACUACGUUCCGAUUAUCGCCGAUGAAAUCUACGAGCACUUCGUAUUUCCUGGACAAGAGUACCACCCAAUGGCUUCUCUAUCUGAAGAUGUUCCUAUCCUGUCUUGCAGCGGUCUCACAAAAAGGUUUCUAGUCCCAGGCUGGAGAACAGGGUGGAUCAUCGUGCACGACCGACAAGAUGUCUUUGCACAAGGGGUGAAACGAGGACUUCAGUCUCUGAGUCAGAAGAUCAUGGGAGGCAAUUCUCUAAUCCAAGGGGCAUUGCCUUCCAUAUUGAAGAACACCCCACAGAAAUUUUUCGACGACAUUGUUUCAGUAGUCAAGAACAACGCGGAAACAGCGUACGAAGCCAUAUCCAACAUUCCGGGUAUGAAACCGGUCAUGCCCCAGGGUGCAAUGUACAUGAUGGUGGGCAUCGCCAUAGACAAGUUCCCAGAUUACGACAACGAUGGCGAGUUCGUCAAAGCCCUGUUCUCGGAGGAGUCGGUCUUCUGCAUGCCAGGAAGGUGCUUCCAUUACCCGAACUACUUUCGGAUUGUGCUCACCGUACCACAAGACAUGCUACUCGAGGCCACCGAGCGACUGGCUGCGUUCUGCAAGGCACACUAUAUGGACGAAAACAAGCUCAUCUCACAGAGCGAGAGCAGCAUUGUCAUCGGCGGAACACCCAUCCCUAUGGAGGCCAGGGGAUAAUGUACAAAUAAGACUUGCAAGCUUCGAAGCAAUUUUGUAUUGACGAUCUGGUUACCGGAAGGUAUUGCCACCACAAGGAUUUCAGGGUCAACAGGGACUACUACACUAAGCAAGGCGUUUGAAAGCGAUUUCUCGGUCAGGGUUGAUGAUUUACUCCUCCUCCCUGUAGAAUGAAACUUUGUGCAACAGGACAUCGAGGUGAAAUACGCAGGUGUGGUGGAAACGUUGAUCAGAGUUGAGACCCGAUGCUUUUCAUGUCGUGGCGCACUAAAUCCGCUGGUGAGACCCCAUUCAUCCCUUUGUGCAAUAUCAUAUGUCAACCUUGUUUCCCCAGUACAAAAACACAAAAUGUUCCUCGAUUGUGUACACUGGACAAUGUAUAAUAUAAUGUUUUCAGAAAUAAAAGAAUAUCGUUGCCCCGAC